AUGAAAUCAACUUCUCAAGAGGAAUGGAUGAAAAUUGUUCAAACCUUUAGUAAAGCAAUUUAUAGUUCUUUAGCUAAGGAAAAGAACAUUAUGAUCAGGGAGCUGAUGACAAUUUUCAAUGAUUUUGAUGAAAAGCUUAAUAGAACAUUAAAAAAUAAUGCAAUGAAGCAAGAAAUGCUAGAAAAAGGUCGAGAUUUACUUAAAAAGCAAACAGUUACAUUAGAAGAUGCAAAAAGAAAAAGCGAUAUCAUCAAAAUUGCAGAACAAAACACAAAUCCUAUAAAUAAUGAAAAACUUGCUUCGCAAAUUCUUGCUUUAGAAAAAGAAAUUAAACGAUAUACUCCAAAUUAUCAAACCUCAAAAAUUGAUAAAUCAAAAAACUGUUUAUAUUUAAUCGAUACGAAAUUAAAACGACUUGAAGAUUUGAGUUACACGCUUUUAAAACGUUCUGUCGUUGUUGAUGAAGGUAACGAAGUGACUGAUCAAAUUAAUUCUGAAUUUGGUUCAAUUUUAGGAUUGUUACAAUCAUACCAUACACUUACAGAAGAAAAUGAAAUGCUUAAGCAGCAAGAAAGAAAUAUUGGACUUGAUUCGUUAUCAAAAAGGAGACCAUUUUCGCAACUGACAACACUAUGUGUGCAAACAUUAUCUAUACUUUUUCAAAACGAUCUCAAAAGUCAUGAAUAUGCUGCAUCGAAGCUUAGAUUAAAGUUUGAAGACUGUGAUUCAAAGGAUUUUGAUGAACUAUCGCAGGAUAAAUCCUUUUUAAUGAACAAAAAUGAUCUGGAGAGCAUGAAAAAACAACUUGAAGAAAUAAAUCAAGAAAUUUCAGAUCGUUCUGAUGAAGUGAGGAAAAUUACAGCACAAGUUGAUACAGCAAUGGCUCCACUUAUAAAGAAUAGAAUGUCAACAAAAACAUUAACUGUGGAUAAACUCUCUGCAAUGUGUGAACAUUUAAUUAGUCAACUUUCUGUUAACAGAAAGAAAAACGAGCAAUUAAAUAAUGAUAUAGAAGCUAUAUCAAAGCAAAUAUUACAGAUAGAAGAAGAAAAAAACAAUUAUGCAAAACAAUAUAUUAAUCUUUUUGCUCCAAUUUUCCAAUUACUUGAUGCACAUGAUGCUAUUUACGCAAAUAUGUAUGGAAAUAAGCAAAGGGCAAAGACACUUCAAGCUAUUUGCUCAGCAUUUGGUUUAGAUUUGUUUUAUCAGCGGCAAACGUAUAAAGAUGCAAUAAUUCCUAAACAAGUAAUGUCAAGGUUGAAUACAUCACCUACUACUCCCAAGAUUAUAUCUCCACAAGUUUCUACUAAUUUAUUAAGUAUGAAGCAAAGUGGAAAAUCAAAAGUCUUGAUAAAGCCGAGUACAUCAGUUAGACAAAAGAUGGUCAAAAUACCUCAGCAAAAGAGUACUUUAUCUAUAAGAUUAGGUAGUCAAUUUUUAUCAAAUUCAAUUGAAGAAGUACCUUCAGCACCACCUGAACUACUUCCAGAUGUAACUGACCAAAGUGGGAAUCCUGAAGAAAAGAAGCAAAUUAAUGAAGAAAAGAAACCUAAACAAAAUGUGGUUGAUAAAUUCAUUAAUUUCUUCUUACUUACAGAUAUUCAUAAACUUGCAUCCCAUUUAGAUAGUAAAAUACCUGAUACUUCAGAAGCAAUCAAAGAAUUUCGAACCAAUUCACUCCAAGAAAUUCACAAAACAGCUGAAGAGUCGAUGAAACAAUAUCUUCAAGAAACUUCUGCCCAAUUACAACAGAUCAGACAAUUAAGUCAACUUAUAUUAGUCAAGGAAAAGGCUUCUAUUUCAACACAAAUCGAUCCUAUCCCAUUUGUUGAUGUUGAGACAAUGACGGAACAGCAUAAGAAGGGCAAAAAAUAA